AUGCAGUCAGCUAUACUAAAUCUAUCGUCGAUUCUGACCUUGCUCUUCUUGCCUCUUCAAAUCUUGAACGUGGGGUCCGCUCUACCUUCGGACCAGGAUGUGCCUAAUGGCCAGGAGCGAGUUGGUGAGUGUGACAGCAUCGGGAAUUCGCUCAUGCCAUACAUAUCGCCCACGACCCAUGGUGGUGCCAUCCCGCCCUCACCCGGCAACGCGGUUGAUGGAAACAUGACUUCCAACUUGCGCAUUGUCGACUACACCAUGUCCAUGUUCGUUCCAUCGGCAGAUGCAACUCACAGUCAGCCUCGAAUGUACAAGCAAAUGUACGCCACCGCCGUCAAUUUGUCCACUUCAGUUGUGCCUUCGGUGCGUAUCACCUUCACGUACGGUGCUUUCACCCUGACAUUGACGACCCUUGCGCGAGUAGUCCCGCUGGAUGUCGUCAUUGCUGUGUUGCAAUUUCAAGACGCAUAA